GUUAGAGAAGCGAAGAUUUUUGAUGAAUAAAGUGGUAAAACAGAGAUAUCGCGGCUUCAGUCAAAACGUUAACAUGCAAACAGAAGGAAUGGAUGUUUAUCCACACACGACUGAUGCUGUCAGAUGGUCAGUGAAUCGGUUUAGGUCCAGGCGGAGGUGGAGAAGGUGAAGGUGGUGCAGUCCCUCCCCCUCCUCUGUCGUCUCCCCUGGCCGAAGUCAAACCCUCGUUCGCCACAGCAUUUCCCCGGUGCCUGCUUCCCCCUCCCACCUCAGCGGCCUUUUAUUAUCACGGCCAGCGUCGCCUCCGGUUCGAGCCCCAAACCUCAUCAUGACCUCGGCGAGAGGAGCAAGGAGGCUGUUUCCACCAGAAAACUAUUUCGCCUACUUGAAAAGAUAGUCCCAUGGGCCAUAGCAGAAGAACGGCGGCGGCAGAUUGGAGAUGUUCAGAAAGAGGCCUCCUCCAGAGGAGGAGAGGAGGGUCCGAGCCAAUGACAGAGAGUACAAUGAGAAGUUUCAGUAUGCGAGUAACUGCAUCGUGACAUCCAAGUACAAUAUCAUCACCUUUCUGCCCGUCAACUUGUUUGAGCAAUUCCAGGAAGUAGCCAACACCUACUUCCUUUUCCUGCUCAUACUGCAGCUGAUACCUCAGAUUUCCUCUCUCUCCUGGUUCACUACCAUUGUGCCUUUAGCUCUGGUGCUAAGCAUCACUGCAGUAAAGGACGCUACAGAUGACUAUUUUCGUCACAAGAGCGACAACCAAGUGAAUAACCGUCAGUCUCAGGUCCUCAUCCGUGGCUCUCUUCAAAAUGAAAAGUGGAUGAAUGUUAGAGUGGGUGAUAUCAUUAAACUGGAGAACAACCAGUUUGUGGCAGCAGAUGUGCUCCUGUUGUUUAGCAGUGAACCUCACGGUCUCUGUUACAUCGAGACAGCUGAGCUGGACGGAGAGACCAAUAUGAAGGUGCGUCAGUCGGUCUCAGUGACAUCUGAACCUGGAGACCCAAACAACUUGGCUUCAUUUGAUGGCGAGGUGGUGUGUGAACCCCCUAACAACAAGUUGGAUCGUUUCUGUGGGACACUGUACUGGAGAGACAAGAAAUACACCCUGACCAACCAGAAUAUGCUGCUCCGAGGCUGCGUCCUCCGCAACACUGAGGCCUGUUACGGCCUGGUCAUCUUCGCAGGCCCAGACACCAAGCUAAUGCAGAACAGCGGUCGCACCAAGUUUAAACGAACCAGCAUCGAUCGCCUGAUGAACACUCUGGUCCUCUGGAUCUUUGGCUUCCUGGUGUGUAUGGGUGUGAUCCUGGCUGUGGGUAAUGCAGUGUGGGAGAGAGAGGUGGGGUCCUUGUUUCAGAGCUACCUGCCCUGGGACCCUCCUGUGGACAACUUUCUGUUCUCUGCCUUCCUCUCCUUCUGGUCCUAUGUGAUCAUUCUCAACACCGUGGUGCCCAUCUCUCUGUAUGUCAGUGUGGAGGUGAUCAGGCUUGGUCAUAGCUACUUCAUUAACUGGGACCAGCAGAUGUUCUGCUCACAGUGUAACACAGCAGCUGCGGCCAGGACCACCACUCUGAAUGAGGAGCUGGGCCAGGUUGAAUACAUUUUCAGUGACAAGACAGGAACUCUCACUCAGAACAUAAUGAGCUUUAACAAGUGCUCCAUCAACGGACAGACCUACGGUGAAGUUGCGGACCCACUUGGACCUCAGCCAAAGAAAUUGGACUUCACUCCCUUCAACCCCCUGGCGGACCCGGGCUUCUGUUUCUAUGACGAUACGCUGCUGGAAUCAGUCAAAGUGGGAGACUCACACACUCACGAGUUUUUCCGCCUGCUCUCCCUCUGUCACACCGUCAUGAGUGAGGAGAAGAGUGAGGGAGAGCUGGUUUAUAAGGCUCAGUCUCCAGAUGAGGGCGCUCUAGUCGCUGCAGCUCGAAACUUCGGCUUUAUGUUUUGUUCCCGAACACCUGGGACGAUCACCAUCAGAGAGAUGGGGCAACCUGUCACCUACACUCUGCUCGCCAUUCUGGACUUCAACAAUAUACGCAAGAGGAUGUCUGUUAUAGUGCGUAACCCAGAGGGCAGGAUCCGUCUGUAUUGUAAAGGAGCUGACACUGUGUUGUUGGAGAGACUCCACCCCUGUAACCAGGAACUGAUGAAUAUCACCUCAGAUCACCUCAAUGAGUAUGCAGCGGACGGGUUGCGGACCCUAGCCCUGGCCUACAGAGACCUGACAGAAGACGAGUGGGAAGCAUGGGCAGAGAGUCACCGCUGUGCCGGCAAGGCCACCAGCUGCAGAGAGGACCGACUGGCAGCCACUUAUGAUCAGAUAGAACAAGACAUGAUGCUCCUGGGUGCCACAGCUAUAGAAGACAAACUGCAGGAAGGCGUCCCAGAGACAAUAGCUAUACUCUCUCUGGCCAACAUUAAAAUCUGGGUUCUCACUGGAGACAAGCAGGAGACGGCUGUCAACAUAGGCUACUCCUGCAAAAUGCUGACAGAUGAUAUGACUGAGGUGUUCAUCAUCAGUGGGCACACUGUUCAGAGUGUACGGCAGGAACUCAGGAGGGCAAGAGAAAGGAUGAUUGAGCUGUCCCGAACCAGAGAUGGAGGGAAGGAGGAGGGGACGGGAGGAUGGAGUGAGGCAUGUUUCAUGGGUAAUGGGGUCAGAGAAGGGCAAGGAAGAGAUGUUGCAGGAGGAGUGAAACAACUGCAGUGCUCUCCUCCACCUCCCUCCAACCUCACUGACAACAUCUCUGGAGAAUUUGCCCUUGUUAUCAAUGGUCACAGCCUGGCCCAUGCUCUAGAAGCAGACAUGGAGACAGAGUUUGUGUCCACAGCGUGUGCGUGCAAAGCUGUGAUCUGCUGCAGAGUCACGCCAUUGCAAAAAGCUCAGGUGGUAGAGCUCAUCAAGAAACACAAGAAAGCCGUCACUCUUGCUAUAGGAGACGGAGCUAACGAUGUUGGCAUGAUCAAAAGUGCCCAUAUUGGAGUUGGUAUCUCAGGUCAGGAGGGGAUCCAGGCCGCACUGGCCAGUGACUACUCCUUCUCCCAGUUCCGCUUCCUUCAGCGCCUCCUGCUGGUCCACGGCCGCUGGUCUUACCUGCGCAUGUGCCGUUUCCUUUGUUACUUCUUCUACAAGAACUUUGCCUUCACCAUGGUACACUUCUGGUUCGGCUUCUUCUGUGGCUUCUCUGCUCAGACGGUGUAUGAUCAGUACUUCAUCACACUCUACAACAUUGUCUACACAUCCCUCCCUGUGCUGGCCAUGGGGAUAUUUGAUCAGGAUGUUCCUGACCAUAGGAGUUUGGAGUAUCCUAAGCUGUACGAGCCUGGGCAGCUCAACCUCCUCUUCAACAAAAGAGAGUUCUUCAUCUGCAUCGCCCAGGGCAUCUACACAUCAGUGGUGCUGUUUUUUGUCCCCUACACUGUCCUGUCUGAUGCCACUCAGAGCACUGGAGUGCCCCUUGCCGAUCACCAGACCUUCGCCAUGACCACAGCCACAGCCCUGGUCAUUGUGGUCAGUGUACAGAUCGCACUUGGCACAGGCUUCUGGACAGUUAUCAACCAUGUGUGUGUGUGGGGCUCUCUGGGCUCCUACUUCACCAUCAUGUUCGCUUUGCACAGUCAGACCCUCUUCAGGAUCUUUCCCAGUCAGUUCCACUUUGUAGGCAGUGCCCAGAGCACAUUAUUGCAGCCAGUCGUGUGGUUAACUAUUGCACUGGCGACAGCAAUAUGCAUAGUUCCAGUUUUGGCAGUCCGCUUCCUCAAGCUGGCCCUCAGACCUCGGCUCUCAGACACGGUGCGCUACACUCAGCUUGUGCGGCAAAAGAAACGGAAGGCGGUAAGUCGUAGUGCAGGAGGUGGUUGGCGCAGCGCAGGCAGCGUGUCAGAGGGCCGUCUGGGCACCCGUGGUGGAUCUAGGAGGUCAGGCUACGCCUUUGCCCACCAGGAGGGCUUUGGAGAGCUGAUCACCUCAGGGAAGAACAUGAGGCUUUCGUCUCUGGCCCUGGCCACCUUUGCCUCCAGACACAGCUCCAGCUGGAUUGACACGCUCCGCAGGAAGAAACAUACUCACACUCACACUCCACCCAGCACCUCGGAGGAGUGCAGUUCAGCACCCAGUUGUGUCUCUGGGUCAGUUCCACCGCUCUCAAAUUCCUCCUCCAUUCUAGGCGGCUCACAAGACACACCCAUCGAGGAGGAUGUAGGUACAGCAUCAGCUCAAAAUACACAGACUGUUCCCACCUCAUCUGCACAAACUCAACCAGCUUUAGCACCAGAUUCAGAAGCAACUGCACCUCAGGAUUCAGCUUUGGCCCUCAGUACUGGCAUCUUCACCUCCCCAGCAGUGAGGUACCAUGGCGGAGACUCACCAGGAGGCUGGACGGUCUCUCUAGGAACUGUGCAGGAAGCUCUCUUUGGUUGGAAGGGUAUUGCAGUUCACACCAAUGCAUCCAACAGCCCAGGUGCACCCUCUGUUGCCAAGGAAACCAGCCAGCUUGAGUGAAACAUUCAGACAAAAUGAAGAAACUUGUUUGCAGCUGUCUGGCAGAUUUAUGCACAUACUGUACAGGAUAUGUUAUGUGCUUCUCCAGAAGGAUAAUGAGGCCUCAGCACUUCUCUCAGUUGCAAAUUUGAUAAGUCUCAAAAUAGAUCAGUCACAUCUGAAUCACAGGAGGAAGUGGCUCUUCCUGAUGACGUGGACUUUGGCAACUAUUAACUGUGAUUUAAUAGGGAUAUACUGUACAUGUUCCCUCAGCAUAUGCUGACUGUGCUCAUGAAUGAGCAGCAGGUGCAGAGAAAGAGGUUCAGGUAACCUGCUAAUAAUUAUAUAAAAGAUAGUUUCCCCUUGUUAUUUCAGAAGGAUUCACCAGGUCAAGUCACACAGCAUCUAUCUAAAGCAACAAUGGUUUAAUGAAUGAGGAGAAUAACAAGACUUUUAACCAGUGAGGCACAGCUAAUAUUAUGUGUUUAAGUUUUUUUCUGUCAAAAAAAUAUCCUCAAGCCUCUGUGUUAACGAUAGUUCUCAGUGAGAACGGUACUUUAAAUUACAGAAAAGUUGUGUUCCUUAUCUCUCAUGAAAUGUUUUCUUACUCUGCAUGUUUCCAUUUCAUUCGUGCAUCAUAUUGAUGUGUUUUAUAAUGGGCUAGAUCAGUUGCACCUUAAAGCAAAUUUUUAGUGCUUUUUCUUGUGCUUUUAAGGUAGACCUUUAUUUGGUCUGACAAAGGGCCAGAUGAUGAUGAUGUACAUCUGAUGUAGUCUCUCAUACCACCACAGGCUGUAGAACAGAAUAAAAAGACAAGCUGCGACAGGGUUACCUUAGGUUGGACCUGGACACAGUGCAAAGAAUAUUUGUGCAAAUCAAAAAGACAGUUUUAGAAAUUUAAAAGUGGUUUGUCAUAUUCUCCAAUCAUACAAUACAUGUCAUUUUGUGCACAAUCAGUGGUGAAGGUUCAUACUGUAUACAUGCAGUAAGGUGCUUUAAAGUUUUACUUGUCCAUGAAUGAAUGGAGUGUGUCUGGGGCUAAUCAUGCCUUAAAAUACCCCAAAAUGUG